AUGUCACAUUACGAUUCCUUCUCCUCACAGUACCAGGGGACAGCCCCAGCUGUAUUCUACUAUACCAGUCCCUGGACUGUCACUCCUGCUGCGAAGGACCAGCUGGAGGUCAACUUUACCAUUGCAAUUGAAGGUCUUGGACUUACUGCACGACUGAGCUACGACCAUGACAAGCACUUCUUCAAGAUCGACUGUCUGCCAGCGGAGAAGGCGAUUGUGUAUACCAUGUUCUCCCGGGUGAUUGACGCCUUCCUCAAGGAACAGGUUGGGCCAACUGUUAAGAAGGAGAGCACUCUGGCCACGAAGAUCGGACCGAUCCCCUUUGGAGUGCGUAGUGCGAUCAAGGAAGCUCAAGACGAGGUCUUGCUUCAGGGGUUCAUGAAGACGGAGUGGUCAUGCCCAAGGAUUGAGCAGCUCGGUGGUGUCUUUGGUACUAAGCUGCUGGGGAAGAUUGGGCAACUCACUGAGUGUACUCUGACGUAUAACUCUGAGUUGAGAAUAAUUAAAAUUGUCGGCCCCGACCAGGAAACUUGCCAUCGUGCAAUCCUAAAGCUCGAUAAAGUUCGAGACUACGAGGUCCCCCUAUUCAACAACCCUUUCGCCAACCAAGCCCACCUCUUCUACGCCGAAGAGCACACCGAAUACGCUCCCAUCCCCACUCCCUUAAAAGUAAUCCACGCCCUCGACCUCUAUGAAAACACCCUCCUCGACAUCUCCGCCUAUCCUCCCACGCUCAAUAGUCCCUACCUAGCCCUCUCCAAAUCCGCCAUCCUUCGCUGUGCCAUCUACAACGAAAACCGUCGUGGUCUUCGCCCUUUGCCGUUGCCGAAGAAACCGGAUCCGCUGACUAUUGAGGCGCAGAAGGGGGCGGAGUAUAAGGUGUUUGCGAAGCAUAAGUUUGCUGGGAAGGGAGAUGUGGAUCCGUUGGUGGGAGUGAUUGAGGACGUGGAGCAGGUAGAGGGCGAGGAGGCGGAGGGGGAUAUUGAGCUUGAGAAGAAAGCUAAAAUUGUGGUUUGGGUGAGGGAUGUUGAGGAGAAUGGGACGGUGCCGGAGGAUGUUGCGAGUGAGGAGAAGGGUUUGAUUUCGCCUGUGAAGGAGAAGGUUGGUGGGAGUAUCCAGGCAGAUAAGAUCACUGGGACAACUUUCAAUGGGGAUUCGAAGAAGCAGAACGCUGGCGUCUCACCAGUCCAGGCUGCGACUGCCAUGAACACCAUACCACCGCACCUCAGACGUCUAUUCGAACCCCUAGCUCGAGGCCCAGCUCCCCAACGCAGGUCCCUCCUCGACAUGGACAUCGAAGACAACCUCUCUUUCACCAUGCAACCCUUUUCCCUCCAAUCCACCACACUCGCCGCGCCCACUGUACCUCGCGCACCAACUAACCCCGUCAAACCACCCUCUGACCUCCCCAAACCAACCACAGGUUCUCCACAACCACUCAUCGAGCCCCUCAUCGAAACCCUCCAAACCACCUCCGAACCCUCAACCCGCACCUACCACCACACCAUAAACCUCCACGCCGCCUCCACCUCAAAAGGCCACUGGGUCGGAAACACCUUCGUGCCUGCCGCUCCCCCCUCCCUCCUAAGCACUCACUUCGUCACCUCCCUCCACACCGCCACCGUGCCGGUCCUACAGGCCCUUCGCGGCUGGCGUGGCAGCGCCAAACUCGAGGUGAAGAUCGGACGAAUCUGGAUCGCCCACGACGCGUUACAGCUUUCCGAGUCUGAUGCCCGCGGAGCAGCGGGUAUCGUGGAGAAGAGGAGGAUGGCGAGGUGGCUUGAGGGGGGACGUAGAGCGGAUAUGACUACACUUGUUACUGAGGAGGCGGGGGAUGUGGAGGCGAUUGUUGGGAUGAAGUUAUUUGAGCAGGAUGGGCGGUUUUGGGGGAAAACGCCGAAGUGGGGGAUUGAGUAUCAAUUUUCUUGCGUGGAUCCGAGAGAGGGAGGUGGUGAGGGAGAGGAGGGCAAGUUUAUGGUGACGGUUGAUGCGGAGACGUUUCGCUGGAAGUGUGAGACGCGGGAGGGGUGUUUGGGAGAGACGUGGGUGCAUUGCCUUAAGCGCGUGUGGGAUUUUAAGGUUUGUGCGACGGGGAGACAGGAGGUGGGUGGUGAGUAUAAGGAGUGGGCGGAGGAGUUGGUAGAGGGGCUUUAUGUUCCACCUAACACAGACAUCACAAACCUAACCCUCUCCUUCACCCUCCCUGCCCCCCAUGCCCUCUCCUUCCCCACCAUCCGCAUCGCACGCAAAUGCACCUACACCAGCACCACCACCCUCGUCCUCCUCCACAUCACCGAAAUGCACGACCUACUCGUCGAGCGCGUCGGCCACACUCCCUCCGGCCAAAUCGUCUACCGCGCCUCCACGCGCCCCGGAAGAGGAGAAACUGACCAGGAGGCGCGCUGGUUCGAGGUGAGCCUUAGCGGGAAGGGAUGGGAGGGGAUGCUUGCUGAGGAGAUUGAGGUUGGGGGGGAGAGGAUGGGGUGGGGGGACGACUUGAAGAACCGGGUGGAGGAGGUGGUUGGGACGGCGGCGGCGGUGGUGAAGGGGAUGGAGGGGGUGGGGGGGUGGAAUACGAAUCCGUUUGGGGAGGUGUUGAGGGGGGAGGAGAGGAGGAAGAGGGAGGAGAAGAAGACGUGGGGCAAGGAGGGAAGGGGAGUGGGCUGGUAGGAUGAUGGUGGGGUUAGCUAGAGGGAUUUGUCUACUGCUUCUUUCUCAUAGAGGCUAUGGUGUCUCGUGUGAUGAUGGGAGGCUGUCCAUGAAUUACCUUCAUGCGUAAAUUAGACAAGAGAUUAAGAAUACACGUGAUCGAGAGAUUAGCUUCCAGGUGAACCCGCACUCUGGCUAAAGCAGCAUUUUGUUGAUAUCUUUACAACAUAGACUCACUUACUCGUACGAGUAUGCUGUACGGAUGCUGUAGUAAUAUAAAUUGCAAUACAAAUUAAAAUCCC